CAGGAACCAUGUGCUGGUAAAGCUGCAGAUCUUGUCUCCAUCAGAGACUGACUGCUCGCUAGUGCUAUUAAUUUUUUUCAUUUUUAUGCAAAAUAACGAAUUUUUUAAAAAAAAAAGAGCCUUUGAAGACUUUAUCAAAUUCAAGGUUGCAAUAAAAUAUCCGAAAAUGCCAGGAGGCGUUUAUCGAGCGACAGCUCAGCCAGAUGUGCAGUGGAAGCUGCAGCAGUUGCAAGACGCCAACAAUUAUUGGGCUCAGGCACUUAAUACUGUUAUCAGGAUAACCAACCUCAUUGGUGAGGCACGUACGACACUGUGCGUGCCGCGAAAGCGUACGCUGUUGGAACUGUGCAGUUUACCAAUAACCAAUCUUAUUGGUGAAGCACGUACGACACUAUGCGUGCCGCGAAAGCGUACACUGUUGGAACUGUGCAAUUUACCAGUAACGCGUUGUUUCAGUCCUUCGCUGCCACCGGAUUUGGUUUUCUCGUAUUACAUUAGUACCAAUCGUCUUGUCUGUGCUGCGUAUCAAGUUACACCAAAACCAAACGGUUGGUUUUUUUUUCUUCAUUUUUUAAAAAUGUUUUUCUCGGGUAUUGUGAUUUCUCAGAAAUCAUAAUU